AUGACGCCGACGUUGUCCUGGUUGUGGUGGACGCGACUUCGAUGCGACGGCGCACACCUUGGGGUGCCCCUGCGCGAGUUGCUGGAGCAGACUCGAGCUCCACGGCUAGUGGCGGUCAACAAGGUUGACGGGGUGCCGGAGCCGGCGAUCGAGGGAUUGGUCGCGGACGCGGAGCGACAGCUGGGCGCGCGCGCUUUUCCCGUGUCGGCGCUUCAUGGCACCCGCGUGAGGCAGUUGCGAGAGGCGCUGGAAGCGGAGUUGCCCCUGUCACCCUUCCUGUUCCCGCCGGACCAGAUCGCCUCGAAUUCGGUACGAUUCUUUACGGCUGAACUGAUUCGCGAGACCGUUUUCGAGUUGUACGACCGGGAGAUACCCUACUCCGUGUCGUGUCAGCUGGAGCAGUUCCGCGAAAACAAGGACCCGGUCUAUAUUCAAGCCGUUCUCUACGUGGAGAGGAAGUCGCAAAAGGGAAUCCUGAUCGGAGACGGCGGGCAGGCGAUCCGUGAGCUUGGCUCCCGGGCCCGGAUCAAGAUAGAGCGUUUCAUCGGCCGGCGGGUUUACCUGGACCUCUGGGUCAAGGUGCUCGCCGGGUGGCGGCGCAAGCGUGGACACCUUCGGAGAUUGGGAUUUGCCCUUCCCCGCGAGCAUGAGACGAAACGCGCCCGGUAG